AGAAACCCCUAAAAAAGGAUUCUGCAUUUAAUGUUAAAAAUUGUAGAUCUCCUGCUUCCAAGCUGGAUUUUCAACGAGAUUGCUGUUCACCUAAGUCAGAGAGUGGAACACCAAAAUCUAAGCAACAGAUGGUAUCUAGAGUAGCCAGUCCUUUACGAUUUUCGCCUCGUCCAAAUAACAGUGAUAAAGAUGGUCGUCUUGGGCUUAUCAACAGAGCACCUUUCCAUAAAGAUAUUUUAAAGGAGGUGGAGGAGAUUCCAUGUGACCAAAUAGAGGUUAUUCGUUCUCCAGUAAGGGUCACACGUCACUCCGGAGGUAAAGCAGUAAAGCGGGAGAGCUCAACUAGACGAUCUGCCCGCCAGAGUUUAAAUCGGGCUAAGAAGAUAGCAAUUCGAUUGAGUAAGGAAAAGUUGGAGACUCCAGAUUCCAGAAGGGCCAGAAUAAAUCCUCAAGCAAAAACUCCAUCUCCUCAGUGCCCACUAGAUAAGAUUGUACGUCCAAAAAUGGGGCAAGUUAUGAGUGGUAAUUCUACAUUUGGAAGUUCAGGUCGUAUAACACCAAAGACAUACUCCAGAAUUCGGCUUGGCUUAGUGAACUCUGCCUCAUCAUCUUCAACAGAGUAUCGAAAAACUCAAAAGAAAAUGAACACUCCUAUUGAAGCUAACAGAACUAAAAAUAUUGGUAACAUUGUCACUGGAGUCACAAGUUUCAUCAAAAUCCAAGCACCUAAGCCAACACAGGAAGAUUUAGAGGCUAAGAAGCAGUUGGAAAUGCAGAAGAAAAGGGAGCGCGAGGAAGAAAUUAGGAAGAAAAAAGAGGAGUUAAUGAAAUCUCGAGCAGAAAUCCAGAAGCGGCGUAAUGAGGAGCGAAUGAGACGAGCUAGAGAGGCUCGGGAAGAGAAUGAAAGAAAAGCAGGAGAGGCUAAAGAACUCCAGAAAGCAGAAAGGAAGCAGCGAGAGGAGCGACUAAAAGAAGAGCAGCAAAAGAAAAAACACCUCAUGUUAGCUAAGAAGCAGGCUGAGGAAGAAUCCAAAGCUCGAAAAAUUAAAGAACAGAUGGAAGAGAAGCGAAAACUUGAAGAGAAAAGGUUAGCAGAUGAAGUGCGAAAAGCUGAGGAGGAGGCAAGGAGAAUGGAGGAAGAAAGAAUAGCAGAGGAGCAAAGGCUUCAAGAAGAAGAAAAAAGGAAGAAGAGGGUAGCAGAGGUUGAGCGCAUAGCUCGUGAAAGGAAAGAAUUAGAGCAAUUGAAACUACGCGAGGCAGAAAGACUGGCAGCAGCAAAGAAAGCUGCAGCAGUCCAGAUGGUUAAUGCAAAACAUAAUGAGACAUUCAACUUAAAUACACCAGAAAAUAAAGAAAAUCAUGGGAAUUGUAAUUCAACAUUCAUUCUUGGAUCUGGAAACAGUAACAGUGGUAGCUGUGAAAGGAAUAAGAAAGUCUGUGAUCCAAACAAUUAUGAUAUCCAUGAUAUCAGGAGUGAUGAUUCAACUGAUGAUGAAAGUGCCCCAAAGAAGAUUAUUCCAACUUGGGCUCAAGGUAAACAGUUGAAGGCAUCUCUUAUAAAUCAAGAGUAUUACCCACCAGAAGUAAAUUCCAUAUUUCCCCCAGAGAAACUUCUCAUUAUGCCAAAUCUUGUGGAAAUCUUCCCAAUAGCCCGCAGAAGAUUCUUCAAGCGCACUUCGUCGGCCAUGUGGACGACUCCACCCCACAAACUAGUAGAUCAUUAAGAGCUUGUAACUUAUUGUUUAUAAGUUGAGUUGAUGUUUAGAUUAUUUCUAAAAUUGUAUAGUAGCGCACACACUUUAGGUUUUAAGACUCAUAUAGCGUGCAUGAUGGAUGCGAGAGUUGAAUGUCUUUGCGAAUGAUAUAAAGUGCGAGUAUUCAAGAAUUCUUAAAAGCACUGUUGUAUAAAGCCUGAUGUUACGAGUAAAUCAUGUAAGUUUCCUUGAAAAUAUUUUUUGCAGUAACUAUAGAUUUCCUUGUCUUUACUCCUUUCCUUAUGACACUACGGACAGAAAAGUGAUUGUAAAUUAUCCUUGACUUCACAUCAUUUAAGUAAACCGUUUCUGUGUAUAACAGCUAAAGUUUAUUUGCAAGUCAGGGGAGAAGAAUUAAACAAGUAAGCAAAGUUUUAGUUAAGUUUACAUAAUUCUGAAAUUAUAACAAUCAUGUAAAGAUCUCAUGUUUGAAAAUGUGGGUUUGGCAAUAUUUUUGUUAACAGCCAACUUGAUUAGAUUCAGUAUUAAAAUUCAUUGUAUAUUUUCAGUUUAAUCCCAAAUUCUCUUUGUUGGCUUUCAGGGAAAAUACAGAUCCUUUUAUUUUUUUGUUUUUUUAUUUAUUAUUUUUUUUUUCCUGAAAGAGAAUGUUGCUCUAGAACAUGUAAUUUUAAUGUUUUUGUAUAUAGUUUGAAUAAAAAAAAAUAAGUUACACAUUAUUUCUCAAACUUUAGGAUCCACUGCUAUUUGAAAAUGAAUGCCAUUUAUACCUAACAUUUUUGUAAUAUUGAUUAGUAUAUGCUUACUGGCAGAAUACAUUGUUGGUUUUUA